AGUAUGAGACUCGUAGCGUCAUCCGUUCUCUGAAAAUUCGUAAAAAAAUCGAUUUGAAAAUUGGCGGAAAUAAUUACAAAAUGUCAUGACAAAAUAAAGUGAAAUUGCUUCGUCGUUUAAGCCUAGUAAUGUGGUACAAAGUGAGAACAAUUUGGAACAACUUUCAAAAUUAUAAAUUUCAAAAAGUGGGGUGCCAACUUCAUACACUCAGCAAUGCGAACAAAUCUAUUCUCGCAGCUCGCGCGGUUCGUUUGUCUCUUAUGAUAUUUUCGUGACAGUUUUGUCCGCGCAUUAUGUGUCUUCGUACGAAAAGUAAAUAGUCCCGUCAGAAAUCGCUCAGCUGACUCGUCUUUGACGACAGCUCCAAAUCAAACGAGUGUCCUUCGCACUUAACCGCGCCGAUCGUGUCGUCGAAAAUGAAUCGUCUAAAGCACAUCCUCGGUGUAAACGUCCCUCGUUACGUCCCGUCCGUGAAGAGAAGUCAUAGCACCGGUGUCAAACACUCGGCGCAAUUGCGCCAAGGCAGCGCGCGGCUCGUUUCGAAAGGGAGCAAAACGAUUUGUAAGCAGCGCAGCAAAACCAAAUCGAUGUCGUUGAAGAAAUCAUCGUUGGAAAGUGUAGCGAGAGGAGCGCGCUACUAUUCUACUCAACAAGAUGUCAAAUUUACCAGCAAACGGCGCAUGCUGCAGACGACGAUAAAUGACGCAAAUCGCAACAGCAGUUUCAUCGCAUCCGUCGGGAGACAGCCUCGAUCAUACGCGCAGAUGAUAGCCGAUUAUAGCGAAGCUAUCCGUGAGACAUCCAUCGCGGCUGUACGAAACGACGAUACUUGUUUCGGCAAUAUAUUACGCAAGAGUCCAUUCGGUACUUUAACUUCGCCGUUUUUGGGCAAGCGAAUGAAAAAUAUUGUCAAACGGGGCGGUGUAAGUUCAAGUAAAAGUCGAGCAAACGACUCGCCCCUUUCCGACCCGUUCGAUCGCUCCAUCCGACACGACAGCACGGAGAACAUCACCGAAGCUACGAAUCAGACUUACGUUCAGGUUACCGAGUCGAAGGAUCGCUCUUACGUGAAACUGGUCGCCGACUGCAGCAAAUCCACGCACAACAUCUCUGUCGCAUCGAACGGUGCUUUAACACCAAGGUUGUUGGCGAGGAAUUCUCUCGAGCCCUUCGCCGCUCCAGCGAGAAAUGCCAGCAGUACGAACAGUUCGCAGGGAAUACCGCGAAAGGCAAGCCGUGUUGCCGUUGAGACGUCGAGGCAGAGUUCAACGCAGGUGUCAACGAGUACCGGCGCGUCGAAGCAGCCGCAGGUCGAGCUGCACAUGGUGCCGUCCGCGAAAGAGUCCGUCGUGUCCAUCAACGUGGACUCGGCCUCGGCUAGACUGUCGAGUCCCCUGAAACUCGCCUCCGAGGAGCUGUCCGUCGUCGUGCGAUCUAACCAGAAGGCAUCUGCACGGUCCAACGAGGCUCAGUGGAACGCGCCGGCGAUUCGGCAAAGCGCAAACAGCGCAUUGCGGCAUCGCGGCGACUUCGGUCCGAUGCGCAUUUCGAUUAGCGAGGACUCCGCGCCGAUCAAACAGAUUGAGUUUUCAAUCAACGGCAAACCGGUUUCCGAGCUGAGGAGCAUCGUCGCGCGCACCGAGAGGCUAGACGUGCUGACUUCGCCGGACAAAAUCGAGAUCAGGGUACCGUUCGCCAAGGACGACGCGGCCAGCAGGAGCCGAGCGGAGGACGAGCUGCGCCGGAGAAGCGACUCCAGCAUGCAGCAGAUAUUGAACGUGCAAAUAUCCGCCAAUUUCCAGAACGAAUCGACCAAGGGAAGCACCGACCGACCGCAUAAUGCGCCGACGAUCACAAGCACAACGUCGACGCCAUCGCCGCAAGCUCCCGCGACUCGUUCUCUUCUCAGGAACCCUGCGGGAGUCCCUUCCGCGAUUCUCGACAACGACGACAACGCGCAACUACGCGGCACUUCCGUCCGAAUGGAUAUCAAAGCUGGUGCGAUUAAGGGGAAGAUUGACGGACGUAGAAUCUCAAGUGGGAGUCGAAGUUCGAAAGCUCAACGUGAGACAACGAGGAAUCUGUCGGCUGACGAAUCGGACGUUUCGACGAUCGCGAGAGCGAACGACACGGAAGGUGGGAAAUUAUAUGCGAGAAAGAUCACGAAUCCUCGAUACUCGGGUGCGAAUAAGCACGAUAAGAACGAAUCUUCCGACACUCGCGUUCCCACGAAUAUGAUUCCCUGGUGGUCGUCCUCGGACGGUUUCAACAGGAUGAGGAAGAAGGAGGACGGUCGCAAACCGGCAGAUUGGAGUGAAAAUAAAUUACCAAACCAGCCAUCGAUGAAACCAGCCCAAUCGACGAACAACACAGCUGCGGUUGCAAAUAAUUCCAGCGAUAUGAUUUCUCACUCUUUGCAGCAACGCGAAGAAUUCAAACCGACUAUUUAUUAUCCGUCGUUAUUUAGACUGAAACCGAAUCGGGAGAAUCUCGACUCUACUUCCGAAGUUAUGAGAGACGGCUUCAAAAUUAAAACCAUGCAGACGCAGGUUACGGAAAAAAACGGCGAGGCAAUUUCAAGUGUCAAACGAACAGAACCGGUCACAUUAUCUACAUUUGAGACAACGAAUCUACAGAACAAGCAUGAUGAUGCGAGCGGAGAACUCGAUACGCAUGUCAAGAAGACAUCUGUCCUGCCGAAAAAGUUCAAAGUGCCAAAGGAUACGCAGGACUCCCCGUUAAAGCAAGAUCGAGAAAAGAAAAGUAACUACCCGCUGAAGGAGACGCAUUCGAUCGACGAUACGUUCAGCACGAGCAAAGUGAAAGUAAGAGAUAUUCUAGAUGAUAUGAAGCCGCUUGAGAAAAGAGAAGACGGCAGCCUGAUCGAUUAUGGUUUAAAGGUGUCAUCGAGAAAAUCAACGAUGAAAUUAAACAGCGGAGCGAAGGAGAUUCGAGAUCCAUCUCCAAAAGUCAUGAAGAUCUUAUGGAACUCAUCGGAUUCGACAUCGAAGAAGUGCAUGACCAAAACGACGUUAAAGAGAGAGCAGAUCAAUAAAGCAGCGGGACUACAACAAAUAGGAUGGGACAAGGCAGAGAAAUCAGAAGCGAAGAGGAUUAUCCUGAAGGAGAAAGAUGAUCCAAUCGCGAAAGACCUUUUGGCAUCCGUAGACGUUAAAGCGCGGAAUGAAAAUCCUGUUAAGAACACAAAAGGAUUCCAGCAAGAUAGUCAAAAAAGUUCAUCAAGUAUCAGUGCUUCAAAAAUGAUGGAGACUCAGAAAUCGGGAAAAUUAAAUAAGUUGAAGUCGUCUGAGUUCAACUAUACUCGACAUCCUUUUAAAGAACUUACGGACAAACAAAUGAUACAACGAAAAAAAUCGUUCGCAGUCACUGAUACAACCAAGUCAUCUUCGCAAACGAAGUCAGAUCCAACUUGGAAAAUAAAGGACCACAAUCCACUCACAGAUUCGAUAGAAAAAAAAUGCAGAGGGACGCCGCCUUUUGCGCGUCGAGCCGCAGACAAGUUGGCUAAGACAACCAAAAAUGUGGCGGCGAUCGAAAUUGCAAAGCAAACUUGCGCGAGUGGCGACUUGUCAACGAAAAAUCGCCAAGAAAAUCGACCGCGCAAGUCCAAGUCGGCCCUCGACAAAAGAAAUCCCGCAGGAUCAACCGAUCCUCCGAAGAAGCCAAAUGAUUCGGCUGGUCUCAAGUCAGCUGAUCCGAAGAUGCGUAUGAGAACUGAUGUGAAAUUCAGCGAAUUGCGCGCGAACUUUAGUGGGAGUCAGUCAAGUGUAAUCGGAAGCAUUUCGCCGUGGGCUCACGUGGACAGGCCGGAGAAAAUCGUGCUGUACUCCGCAUGGUUGCAGCGGUUUAAAAAUGACGUUGAUGAUCACGAGAAGUUACUCUAGUCGUGCGCUACGUCGACAAGAAUUUCGAACAUGUUACGCUGGAGACUUGUUAAAAUACGACACGCUUGAUUAUCCGCGACUCCUGAACCAAUCUCGACGAGUAAAAUCAUCCGGUGCAAAUAAAGCGAGUUUCGUCAAAAAGGCCAACGAGAGUGCAUCACGUCAUCUAAUUUCGUCACUGGAUUUUUCGGCCGAUCUAGGGACCGGAACGGUCGGUCGCAAGACUUCGGUGCUUGCUUACGCAAGCAAGCAGGGGCGAUCUCGCUUCUCGGAUGGCUCCGCGUUUCGUCGGCGGGCCCCGAGAGAGCGCCGGAUUGGGUAAUUAAAAUUCUCAUUAAAGCCGCCGGCGGCAUCUUGAAACGCGCCGCGGACAAUGGGGCCUGAAACGAGGCCGCGGGCCGCAAGGGUAGGACCGCGGCCGAGGGGGCAGAUGGCGAAAGCACGAAUGGAGCCAACCGGCCAUAAAGAAGGAGGGAACCUGCGUCAAACUCUCGUUUACAAUCGAGACACUUCGACUCCCUCGAGCCCGCUCGCCGUUUGUGUCGAUCUUGUUACUGACGAUCGUAAAACUCGCGCUUCUACGCCGCGUCGGGAAUUCCGCAUCGGGAUUUCGCGAUACCAGAUGUUGUUGUUUACCCUCAAAACACGUGACGUAAGAAGAUUAUAUAAAACUGCGGUUUUAGCUAUCCAAAAAGGAAAAAGACUAUAUGCCCUUG